AUGCACCUGGAUGGAUACCUUGACGGCGCGCUGUCGCCUAGCUGCAGCUAUGACUCGGAGCGGCAGCGCAGGCAGAGCAGAGCGUUGCCCACCCUGAUGGACGCCUGGGUUUGCGGGGCGUUUGCGUGGGAGGCUUUCAAGAGGCUGCAGCGCAGUGAUGCAGAUGGAGAACGAGGGCCGGGGUCCGUUAUUGGCUCGAGAGCUACCUGGUGGUUUACCUAUCGCCUCCUGCAGCAGAGGUACAAGGAGCGAGAUAAGGCACGGCGGCCCCAGACUGAGACCGAGAUAGCACGGACGGCUUCUGAGGACGCACAAGCUGUGAUCGAUCCGAGGAUCCCAGAUCGGGGGUGGUCAGAUGAUGAGACGGUAGGGCGGAGAAGACGACGAGGAGGAGUCGUCGAGAAGAAGCUUUGGAAGCGGCAAGAAGGCGGAAGGGCGGCGAAGAAAAAGACUAAGCAGACCACGCGCCAGAGCGCAUCAGCGCAGGGAGCGAUGCCGCAAUCUGCCGCAGCCUGCUCGUACCGGUACCUCGGCGAAGCGAUGCAACUGAUAGCGCUGCACUUGACCUCAGCCCAAUCGCGGCAGAGUGACGCUGGACAGCUGCGUUCUGGGCGCUAA